CUGGCGGAAGUGGCUGGUGGGCACAGCCUGCCUGUGACGGACAGGUCCUGUCAGCCCCGUAGCCAGCGCACCGUUCGUGGAGGUGAGCGGGAAGCACCGAUCUGGGCGCCCCCGCCGGACUGAACCUCCCUGCCCGGUGCCACCUCACCGCGGCGGCGGCCUGGCCUCCGCGCCGCCCCGCCGGUGCCUGGGGCCCUGUGUGCGCGGCCGCAGCGCCACACGCCCCUGCCAGGACCGUGUCCCGUAAAGCGCUUGCGCGCUGGCCCCUCCCUCUCUCGCCCGGCCCGCGGUGGAGGCGCCAUCGGCACCGCCACCAUGCCUGCCCUCAGGCCUCUCGUGAAACCCAAGAUCGUCAAGAAGAGAACCAAGAAGUUCAUCCGGCACCAGUCUGACCGCUAUGUCAAGAUCAAGCGCAACUGGCGCAAACCCAGAGGCAUCGACAACAGAGUGCGCCGGCGCUUCAAGGGACAGAUCCUGAUGCCCAACAUCGGCUAUGGCAGCAAUAAGAAGACAAAACACAUGCUGCCUACAGGCUUCAGAAAGUUCCUGGUCCACAAUGUGAAAGAGCUGGAAGUGCUGAUGAUGAGCAACAAGUCGUACUGUGCAGAGAUUGCCCACAAUGUGUCCUCGAAGAACAGGAAGGUGAUAGUGGAGAGAGCUGCACAGCUCGCCAUCAAGAUCACCAACCCCAAUGCCAGACUGCGGAGCGAGGAGAACGAGUAGCAGCCUCUGCAACACAGGUGUAUUUAAUAAAGCCUCAGUCCAA